CAGCUAGGUCCCCUCAGAUGUGGGUGCAGGCUACGCAGGCUGGGGUGUACCAGGAUGUCUUUCUCGGGACAGAAAACUUUGGGUGGUUCAGUUGAACAGUAGGCUAUCUGAGAGAACUUUGGGUGGUUCAGUUGAACAGUAGGCUAUCUGAGAGAACUUUGGGUGGUUCAGUUGAACAGUAGGCUAUCUGAGUGAACUUUUUGCUUUCUAGUAUUUUCUGGGGAGUCUCUCUCGGUUCUCUGUGUCACUGUGCCUGAGCUCUGAGCUUAGGGCUGUAAGAGACAGUACCUUUGGGCUGUGCAGGCAGUGUCUAACUGUGGGCUAUAAGGGGUUGUAAAGGUUUUGCCUUACUGUGGGCUGGAUGGCUGAGCUGGUGAGAGUGAGGAAGAAACAUCUCCAGACACCUAUCUCCAGGCUGAGGUGUAUGGUCAAGCAAUUGGAAGAGAAAGAUGUGGACUUCGAAGAUCUGAAGAAGAACUUGGACUACACAGCAUCCUUACUGGAAGCUGUUUACAUUGAUGGGACCAGACAGGGUCUGGACACAGAGGACGACCUCCAGAACCUGCACUCUGAUGGCGUGCCCACGGAGGUCACUGAUUGGCUGGCUUCAACCUUCACUCAGAGGGCCCGCCGCCCCGCCCGCCGCUCUGACGACAAACCAAAGUUCCGCAGCAUCGUCCACGCAGUGCAGGCUGGGAUCUUUGUCGAGAGGAUGUUCAGAAGGGCCUACACUGCUGCCAUGCCUGACCAACCUGCAGCAGUAGUUAACUGUCUCAGGGACAUUGACCGGUGGAACUUUGAUGUGUUUGCCCUGAACACAGCCAGUGAUGACCACGCACUACAGACCCUGGUCUUCGAGCUGGUGACACGAUACGAACUCAACAGCAGAUUCAAGAUCCCAAUCUCCUGUCUGAUGUCCUUCUUGGAGAAGCUGGAGAAAGGCUACAGUAAACACAGCAACCCGUACCACAGCAGUGUCCACGCAGCCGACGUCACACAAACCCUCCACUGUCUGCUCUUACGUACAGGACUAGUGCACUGGUUGACUGAACUGGAGGUCCUGGCGUCCCUGUUUGCUGCGGCCAUCCAUGACUACGAACACACUGGAACUACAAACAACUUCCACAUUCACACAAAGUCAGACUUUGCUAUGAUCUACAACGACCGGUCAGUCCAGGAAAGCCACCACAUCAGUGCCGCGUUCCAUCUUCUACAGGACGACCAAUCCAACAUCUUCAUGAACCUCUCCAGAGAACAGUGGAUGGAGCUGCGAGCGCUGGUGAUAGAGAUGGUGUUGGCUACAGACAUGUCGUCUCACCUUGUCCAGGUCAAAGCCAUGAAGGGGUGUCUGCAGCAGCACGAAGGCAUAGACAAACCAAAAGCGCUGUCCCUACUACUGCACACUGCAGACAUCAGCCACCCCUCUAAGCCCUGGAGUCUACACUCUCGCUGGACCAAAGCCCUCAUGGACGAGUUCUUCAGACAGGGUGACAGAGAGGCAGAGCUUGGUCUUCCCUUCUCUCCACUGUGUGAUCGGAACAGCACCCUGGUCGCAGAGUCACAAAUAGGUUUCAUAGACUUCAUAGUAGACCCUACGUUCUCCCUACUGACUGACGUGGCUGAGAAGAUAGUCAUUCCCCUGGUGGAAGACAACCCAGGCCCACCGGACCCCUGCAAUCGACACAGUAAUCUGUGGAAGGAGAGUUCCAGAGGACUACAGUGGAGCUUGUCUCACAUCACCUCAGAACUGGUCAGCUUCAGAUCCACCUGGACACGACACACAGAAGACAACAAGUUCAAAUGGAAGGAGAGCGGCGCCAAUGGGCUCUUGGAUCAGAUCGUGUCGAAGGAGCCGUUGGCUGGUGAAGACGAUGAGCUCUCUGAACAACUGCUGCAGACCCCUUCUAAUGAUGCUAAACAGUAGAUAGGCCUCUCAUGUAGUAUGAUGCCUAUGUAAACGAUAUGUAAACGGAGGGUUGGGGAGAACUGUUUAUCUUUUACAUGUAAUCUGAUAAUAAUACAAAAAUUUAACUGUAAUCAGCUACUUUACCAGCUAAAAUAUUGUAAAUGGAUUCCAAAUACUUUUGAAAAACUAGAUGAUUACUUCUUUUAUUACUUUAAAAUACAGAAAGGAUGUUUGGGAAAGAAUACAGAAUGCCACCUUUCUGUUUCUCAAUGACAUUCAAUUCAGCACUGAAAAAAAGGUGCUAGUUUAUGUUUGUUCCACCUGGUUUGAUGGAUCCUUUCCAUCUUCUUCUGAUGUCUCUUAAGGAGAAAGUAAUCAGUUGACAUUACAGAGUGGAGGGGAAAGUAAUCCAAAAGUAACUGAAAGUAAUCAGAUUAUGUUACUGAGUUAAGGGGAUAGUAACCCAAAAGUAACUGAAACUGAGUUUGGGUAUCCAAAAGUUAAGUUACUAAUUACAAUUUUGGACAGGUAACUAGUAACUGUAACUGAUUACAUUUAGAAAGUAAUCUAUCCAACCCUGUGUAAAUUAUAGUAAUUUAAUGAAGAUUACCAAAACAUGCUGGUCAUGUUCUAUGCUAAUUACCAUACAUGAUUUUACGGUGGUUUGCUUGCAAUUUGUUAACCAGUUAAGAAAACUUUCAUGGAGAAACUUAGCAAAGAUCAUGUAUCAUGGGUAACAUGGGUAGCAUGUAUGUUACAUGGAAUAGAUAAUGUCAAAGGUCCCAGCAGUGAAAGGCUGGCCUUAUCAUGUGGAAGAUGUACGAUGUAAUCAUGUGACUGUUGUUGAUGUAAAGUACAACAAGACAAAGAGUUUUCUACUUCUUUAUAUUCUACCCGUACCACUGAGGAGAUGUUGAUGUGCUUUAUAUUCUACCCUUACCACUGAGAAGAUGUUGAUGUGCUUUAUAUUCUACCCUUACCACGGAGGAGAUGUUGAUGUGCUUUAUAUUCUACCCAUACCACUGAGGAGAUGUUGAAGAGUGAUUCUUUGUCUAAUUCUUCAUCUGUUUUCUUUGAAUCCAAAAAAAUGGAAUCGUGAACUAUACUGAACAUACAGGAUAUCAGUAGCCAUUGUCCCAGAUCAUUAGCCAACUCUUCUGACUAUCAGCCAGGAACAUAGCCUGGAGACCGAUCUAUAGCCAAACUAGCAUUUCUUCUCCACGAUGAGUCUUGAUUUGCUUGCCUCCCUUAAGUUUUGUAGAAUGUGGGCACAUUCUGAUCAUUCUGAUUGGUUCCAGAAACCGGUGGGCUGGGCCAGAGGCGGCCUACAUGAUGACCGUAUCAACUUUGAUACUAUGAUUGGUUAGAUUGAUUAGAGACAAUCCAAUCACUGAUUUAAUUGUUUUGUACAGCGCCCCUCAUUUUCACAGCAGCACAAAUGACUUCUAGGAUGGCAGUUUCAGAUUUCAGGAUGACACAGUCAUAGACUCCUGAAUAAUUACAUUCAGGAGUCUUAUAUCUUUAAUGUUGUGAUUCUGAGGCCGUCCUACUAUGGACACAGCACAUCAAAGGCAUGACAGACAGUAAUAGUCAGAAGAGUUGAAUGAAGCACUGCAGAUCUGGGACCAGGCUGAGAUAUCAGUCCAAUCCUUCAGCAGAGUCCUGUUCACUGGUCCUCCAGUAGGAGGAGCCAAAACUGUGGGGAGGAAGAUUGAACCAGGCUACAGUGGUAUUAUGAAAUGCAUUGGGUGAAAACUGGUCACGCUGUGAAAUAUUCAUGUGUUUUAUGCUCGCAGCACCACGUCUAUUGAAUAAUUGAUAAUUGGGUUUUGUUAUAAGUCAACCUUACUUACUCAACAUUAUAGGUCAGUGAUGCAACGCUAAAGUCAGAGCCGUAUUGUUGGCCUACUAUGGGUAGUUCUUGGCAUGAAUUAAAAUGGAUUAUAAAUUGGGUGAUUCAAGCCCUGAAUGCUGAUUGGCUGACAGCCGUGGUAUAUCAGACCGUAUACCACGGGUAUGACAAAACAUGUAUUUUUACUGCUGUACUUACAUUGGUAACCUGUUUAUAAUAGGAAUUAGGCACCGCUGGGGUUUGUGAUAUAUGACCAAUAUAUCACGGCUAAGGGCUGUAUCAAGGCACUCCACUUUGCGUCUUGCCUAAGAACAACCCUUAGCCAUGGUGUAUUGGCCAUAUACCACACCCCCUUGGGCCUUAUUGCUUAAUUUUAGCAUGGAUUAUAAUUGGAAUAAUAUGUUUUGUUUAAAGAAGUAAACACAAACGUUUGUCCAAUUUAAACACUUUAUUGUAUCAAACCAUUUUUAUUUUUUUAUUACAUAUGUAAUCAUUACCAAGUCAAACAAAGUUGAACUAAAAUGCAGAUAUAGAUGGAUUUCAUGUACCGUAAUUUAUCAUUAAUAAAAAUUUAAUAAAUACA